UAUCGGAUCCAGAAAUACAUCUAAACCCGAAUUUAAAGUGAAGAAACGAAUAGUUUUUUACGAAUUGAGUUUCUGUAGUUCUCUUUGAGGAGUAGUGGCUUUUUAUUCCAAUUGACCAUUAUCCCUGUCAAUUGACGUUUUUGUUCGAGACUUGCGAGUGUUUUGGAUAGAUCUGCUUGGAGAAGUGAGACGGAGGAGGCUAGUUCUUGUCGUCAUUUUCUCCUAAUCUUGUAAUUAAUAGAAAUUGCGGGCAGUAUUUAAAGUACGCGACAAUUACUGAGAAACGAAAUACGUUCGUGUAGGGUUUCUCAGCAUUUAGAUUCGGGGCAGGCGUCCAUCCUCGAUAAAUCCGCACGUCCUAUCGCACCAGGCAGUGGGGGAAACUUGCGCACAGUAGUUUCCAGAUUGUAAACAAUUUUUUAUUGAUUUGUUUGGCAUUGGAAAUUUUUCAUUGCGGAACUGUGUGCAUCGAGCGAGGAGUGCAUAGAUGUGGACAAUGUUAAAUCGUUGAUACGGUUGCAGUUGUGGCGUUUUGCAAUCACGGCAUCAGUUUGCGAGACCGCGAAAAGAUUUAGGUGGCUUUGUUUGUCCAGAAUAUCAACAAGGGGCGAUAAGAAUUGCAAUGAGCAGCAAUUGGCAAUAAGACAUGGAAUAUACGCGUCGUCAUCAGCUCCGAUAACGUCAUUAUCGCCUGAAAGCGUCUCGGUAUCAUUGGCUCCCAAAGCAGCCAGAAUUCGUGAUAUUUCAGCCUUCAGCAAUUGCAUUUGUGGAGUAAUGUGUUUUGUUAGCACGACCGUAGAUCUGUCGCGAAUUGAAUAGAACCGUUCACCCCGUGCAUGAUAUGCCUUUAUGCAAUUGCGCACAUAAGAAAAUAUCGAUAGAAGGCCGUGAAAUGCAGAGCUUAGGGGAGUAAUGCGAUUUGCUUCUUUUGCCACUCAGCUGCAGAUUAGAAGACAGAAGUAUCCAUCUCGCCAGGCGGAGGAGGCGAACGCGUCAACUAGUGAUAUAACGCAGGCACUCAAUUCGCAAUUUCCGCAACGCAACAGCGAGCGCAGUAAACAUAAAAGGAUAUUCGUGGUCAGUGCAAGGAACUUAGCAAUUCGUGGUUUACAGAGCGAACAUUCGGGAACACAAUAGAGUUGUUUGCCUAUCUGAAAAGUUUGUGUGGACAAAUAUGCGAUAAAAAUUAGUGAGAGAGUGAAAUUGGACGCACGGCGAGAUGGGGGCAUCAGUGAGUCAAGUAUUUCGGUCCGGCAGUGCUCUCUUAUCAAAUCGGGACGGGCAUAGAGUGUCCAAGGCCACCGAGGACAAUAUACAGACUAUAUUUGAAAUUUUAAGAGCCAAUCCGAAAAUCUCUAUUCACACAUUGGAGGGAUUGCUCCUGCAAAUACCGAAGAAUGAAAAUAUUCUCGCAGUACAUGACGAAUCUGGCUACAACAUAUUACAAAAAAGUGUAGGUCUAAAUCAUGUGGACUUGGCCCGUUGGUUACUGCAGCGACAUCGUCCUGAUGUGAAUCGUAGUGCUUGCUCCCUGCCCCUUCACAUAGCAUGUCUUAAAGGCUACGAGGAAUGUGUUGAGUUGCUUCUUAAGCAUGGAGCCCGUAUCGAUUCCGAAGCACGAAUGUGCUUUCCAGGACCACAUUGUCCAAAUUGCGAGGAGAGUGGCAAAUAUCGCGGAUCACAGGAAGAUGUAGGUGUAUAUGAACGACUUUAUACGAAAUUACAAAAUGCAGUUUGCUACGCGAUCGAUGGCGAUCAGAUAAAUGUCCUGAACAUAUUAUCACAAAAAAUGGAGGAUCCGUGGGUAAGAUUAUUUAAUGUUCCUUUUCGUGCUAAGAAGCCUUUGCUACACUUAGCGUGCGAACGUGGUGCUUGGAAAUGUGUUCAGCAAUUAGUUAUAACGCGUUCAGAUGAAAUUAAUACAAUUAAAGACGAAUAUUAUCCAAUACAUCAGGCGGUUUUGCAUGAUGGUCGGUUUCUAGAUCUGUUGAUACAGCAUGGUGCUAGUACAACGGUUCGAACGUGCACUCAACAGAUGACGCUGUUACAUGUUGUAAUAAUCGCAGCGAGGAAAUCUGCGGAGGAUACAUUAAAUACUUUACGAGUUUUAUUAGAUAAAGGUUGUAAGGAAUUAAUAAAUGAACCAGACACUUUAGGGAAUACACCGCUGCACGCUUUAAUUGUACGGUACACCCUGGAAGAGGCUAGGUUUGGAUACGAUAAAUGGACCAAAUGGGAUGCGUUGCAUCUGGUUCGCUUUUUACUACAAAACGGCGCAAAAUCUUCUAUAAAUCAGUCGGGAAAUAGCGCUCUGGCAUGUAUAUUUCGUCAUGUACGCGAUUGGGAGGUUUCUUUCGAAAUGUUGAAUAUGCUGAUCAAAGAGGAGGGUGAGUUCUGUGAUCCUAACAUAGUUGGCCGUGACGGGUCUGUGCCAAUAAUGGUUUGUCUGGUCCCUCUCAUAAAUAAAGACCAACUACAUCAUUUCACACAUUCAAUGAAGGUCUGCUAUUUGAAUUGCAUACGAAUUUUGCUGCAACAUGGCGCGAACCCGAACUGUGCAUAUCGCUCUACUUUGACACCGCUGCAUGUUUUAGUUUUCACAGUUAGCGAGAACUUCACGUUGAAUUGCGAAAGCGUGAAACGUGUAAAUUUCGACUUUAUUAAAAAUAUUUUGCUGCUUCUCCUUCAACACGGAUUAGAUUGCAAUCAAUCAAAUCUGCAUAUACUGCAGGCGGUCGUUGAAAUGGUUCAGACUGUUCGUACAUUUCCUGAUGUGCAAUGCAUUUACGAAUUGGCUCUGACUCUCAUACAAUACGGUGCCGAUCCGAAUAUUGCUUUAAGCUGUAAGACAACACAAGGUACUGCAAUAUUUUCCAAUGAAAUAGCAAAUUUCGGUGAAAAUAUGGCUGGGCCUGGUCCAGCACGACCUGGAGGAUUUAGAAAUUCAUUUCGGACGAAUUCAAGAUAUAUACUUUUUUACUAUAUUAUAUUAUUAACUAAGAAAGAAUCUCUGCUUACCGAUCCAGAGCGCACAUAUAUGCGGAUUAUUUGCCUUUUCUAUUUUUCGAUGCAACACGAACAAUUGUACAAUUGCUUAAAAUCAUUACACAAUUUCUACGUAGCUCGAGUACCAAAUAGACAAACUGAAGGACUAAUCUCAAUUAUCACGGCGCUAUAUAAAAGGCCAAGAAGUCUCAAGCAGUUGUGUCGUGUUGCAAUAUUUGAAAAUUUAAAUAGGAAAUUAGCAGAGAACGUUAACAAACUCGAUUUGCCGGGUCCUCUUAAAGAGUAUAUGCUAAAUUUUGAACCAUAAGUCAUAGCAAACGAAGAUGCUUUUGCUAGUUUUAAUACGAUUCUUCAGCUGAACACUCUUUUGUCACUUCAUAAAAACUUUUGAAACUCGAUAAGUAUUUGUACAGAUUUGUGUUGCAAUCAAUGAAAUGAUGAAAGUGCUGUUUGUCAAUAGGUUUGGAUCAAAUGAAUGCAUUUACAGUUUACUUCGGAACGCUUUCCCAAACGCGAUGUGAUAAUUUAGCAAACGCCUGACCGUGAAAUCGUUGAAGAUGUGUAGAGUUCGGACUUUUGAGAAUUUUUUGUUGGGUCUGGAAAGAUUUUGCAAAGUUUUUUGGUAGAAAAUUUGUGUUUGUUCUCUUCUGAUAUGGUAUGUGGUACAAAAGCACUCAACUGCAAAGCGGACACUAGUGCAAGUACUGUUAAAAGAACGGUUAACUCGCAUAUCAGCAAAUUGUUUCGACUAGAGGUACACAGGACCGAUCGUCAUGUUGCAAAUGGACAAAUCGCGUAAAUAAAUGAUAGAACCGCUAUUAUUUUUAUGCAAAAUUGCACUUUCAUUUGUAGAGAUAUUGAAAUUGGUUGGUCGUACACACAAUGCAAGCCUGUUAUUAAAUUUAUCUAUCUACUUUUAACAUAGAAAAGAGCAACGGAAACCAUUUCAAUAUUAAAUUGGCUUUCCGCCGCUUUUGAUAACGUAGUUGAUGGGAUACUGAAAACAAGAUUCUUCAUUCUUCCUCAUCCAAUUUUGUCUCUAUCCUUGACACUCAUUUUCACCUUUUCAACGCUACUGAAAUUGGAAUAAUCGUCAUAAAUCUCCCAAAUCAUGACGCCUAAUAAAUUUUCUAUUGGAUUUUUGUCAGGGGAACCUGAAGGCUAAUGCUUUAUUUCCGGGAAGUCGAUUUUUUGUAGACAUAGGAGUAUGAACUGCCAUGUUAUCACGUGUGAAAAUUUGUUUAAUCGCUUGAAAUUACGUACGAAAAAUUUACGCGCCAAAUUUCCAGAUAGCCAUUAGGAAUUGAGUCGGGUAUCAAUAUGCGCCAGUGUUGACUUGCCAAAUUGCGCGAUCCUCCGCCGCAAAAAGGAUGGAACUCUCCUUGAGCCAAUAACUGGAAAAAUUAUGUCAACGAUCAAAGUAAAACUUUUCCUUUCAUCGGAUCAGACUGUCUAGGUAUUAGAAGUUAAAAUUCGAAUGGUAAAUUUGAGGAGUCGUUUUGCCUUAUUCCAUUUGUGCAUCUACGUCCUAUGGUAAUCCGCAAUACUGGUUGGCAUUUCGCAACAUUGGUGCUCAAUAAAAUGGCGCAAUUUCGGUGACUCUUGGAUAGAAUUCAAAACGGUCACAUGCCUCUGCGUCAUCUCUUUGUUGGAUUUCGCCUACAAUUAAAAAUUAUCUGAUUUUCGUGGUCGCUAAAGAUUUGCGGGUCUCAAGAAACUUUUUGCGUGCACAAAACUUUGAUUUAGUCAAAAGUCUCGCGAUAAUACCAUGGCUUUCAACUUCAUAAUUAGUCCCGCUUCACGCGCUUUUUCGUCCCAAAAUGUACCAUAAAUGCACUAAAACUACGCAAAUGAUCGGAAACACCUAAGACUUUGCUGUGGUUCUAUCAUUUACAAACGAUUAAAAAAUCAAAUAUUUGAAGUAAAUGAACUACUGCAGGUGAUAUCAUAACCAGAUAUCAAAAUUUUUGUUUAAAAAGGUCAUUUUAAAGUAUUUGAACGUUUCUCACAGUAGUUAGAUACAAUAUUUGGUAACAACUUUAUCCUUCACCCUACUGUGAUCAGGGUCGUAGGGAGAAAAGGCCAUGAGGGUUAUGUGUGCUCCCCCCAUUGCAUAAUCAAAUGAAUUUUGUUACAGUUUCUCCAUUUGCCAAGUUAAUAGGGAUCUAAUUGUCACAGUGAAGGUCAUCUUUGUCAGUGAUUCACGGCCACAAAGGUUUUAGGGGAUUCUAAAGCAGUGGACCGUGGUCCGUGCAGGAUCUCCCAUCCAAGUGACAGUGUGCCCCGUUACCAUUGACGAAUCAAUUAUGGGUUCAGAAACAGUCUCUUAGUUAAGUUCGAAAUCAGCCGUUCCGCACGACUUGCAUAUCACUCUCUUUGCAGCUUUUCAAUGUUUUGUUCAAACUAUUGUCCUAAAUUGCCCAAGAAAAAAUGAAGCAAAGGCGUGUAAUGUGUGGAGCUUGUACUACGGGAUCCCGACAAGCUAACGAUGGUCCACGGAUACGGCUUACGAUAGCUCCCGUCAAAGCGAGGGGCAGGCUGUUGUCUAUGAUGCAAGCGGUAUCGAUAAAAAGCUUGUAGAAUUCAAACAAGGAAAGGUGAUGCCUCCUCUUGCAUAUUUUUGUGCUAAAAUAUUGAGAGUUCUAACAAAAAACCGUGCUGUUGUGUAAAUAUGAUGUGUAGGUGAUUGAAAGAAAGCGGACAAAGAGAAAACAAAUGAGGUUUAUUCCGAUACAAGAAGAAAAACAGAAAAGGAAAGACCAAAAGCUAGAGUCUGAUCUUAGCCUCCAGUCACUUUCGGAAAAGUGGUUCAUCAAGGAAUUCACAUUCUUCAACCAGUUAUACUUAGGCCUGUGUUUUGUGUAAUUUUUGCACAAGAAGAUAAAGUAGUCACUUGUUUCCCUCACCCCAUAGCAGUCGUAGUCCAAUAUCUGGCCUGUUUAAAUAUGAUUUGCUAUUGCAGUAAUUUGUAGCUAAUCUGUUCAGUCUUUGCAUCCGCUGAGCUUAAAACGAGGUUGUAGAACCAGGGCUUGAACCGGAAGACGAAUGAACCUGGCGCAUACCGAAGCCGGUAUGGCUACCUCUUUGGCCUUUCUCAUUUCAUUGUGUGCCCGAAGAGGUAGAUAAUUUGCAGGGGUCUUGUUGAUAAGGGCUCUAAUAGUAGGAAGUGAAUUAUGAUGAUGACGAUUCUUAAUAUUCUUUCUCUGGUUAGUUGGAUGGUCCGACAGAUGGCGAACAGUUCUGCCGAUAGAAUUGAUUUUGAUGAUGUUGAUUCCAUCUUUUUUUCAAGGUAUUUCGCCAUAAUUAAUUAAAAACAUAGUGGAGUCUUAAAGAUUCUUCAUACCGACUCCAAUUGAGUUCAGUCGCAAAAUUGUUAACUCCCGCAGCCUUCUUGACUUGAUUCGUAAUAGACUUGACCUGUUCGUUAAACCGCCAGUUUGUCGUUAUUUUCUUUGUCCAUGAUAGUGAUUGACUUCUUUUAAAUAAUCCGACUGUCUUCUCGAGAAGACAGUGGUGUUUGAAAAGAGUUCGUGACGGUUUCGUACAGGGCAGAGGCAAGCCAUCAGACGGUGCCUUGCCUCUGCCCUGGUGCAGUGUGACUGAAAGAGGAUACAGGUGGUAAACGCUCCUUUAUGUAUAAUCGCAAACACGACUAGAAGGCGAAUUAUAUCCAAGUGAAAUCCGCCGUAUAUUCAAACCCAAACUAGGCCGAAGCGAAAUUAUUUUUGUUUCAGGGUUGGGGAAAUACUACAAGGCAGCACAAUUGCCUCUCUCGCAAUCGAUCGUGGAAAAGUUGCGAGAGAGGCGUCUUCGAUGGUAUUGGUCUGAACAUCGAAGUCGAUGAUAAACGACCAAAAGGCAGGCCUAAACAACGGUGGCUUGAUAGG